AUGCGAUCGUAUAUUUCACGUUUUGAGGAAAUACAAAAGAAAAUUCAUUUGCUUCACGAUCGAGGAGAGAGGGAGCAGAAACUGUUUGAUUCGAUCUCUGCAGAGCAUCCGGAGUUAUCAGCAGAGGAAGUAGUAGCUUAUGUCCAAUCCAAGGUAGAUGAAAAUGAACCAAACUCUAUUACUUACAAUGGGCACAGCAUAUCAGUUGGUGAUUAUGUUGAGACAAUCAAUGAUCCCAACCUCCUUGCUCAUUCAGAACGUGGUCAUUUUGCACAAUCAGCUAUGAAAGAGAUAUACCUUGGGGAGAAAGGGAAAAUCACACGAAUAUGGAAUUCAUUUCAGGGGAAGCCAGCAGUUGAAUUAUCCUUUGCUGAUGACGCCGAAAAAAUGUUCUUUCUCGAUUGCAUUGAUUUCGGCGAUAGUGUAAAAUUAAAAGAGACCGCUUCUUUCAGGCCCAAACGCAAAGCGUCAUUACUGAAAGAAAAGCAAUCCGCGGCACCACCACCAGUAUCCUUGUCGCUUCAGUGGAAUGAUGUUAUCCAGCUCAAGAGUGGUGUAUCACAGGCACCAAAUGCAAAGCCUGUAGAAGCCCAGCUUUCUUCUAAGCCGAAACUUCCAGCUUCCCCAGUCAAUACCCAUAUUGUGGAAAAAAAUAAUAACAGUUCAACGGAUAAGGAAGCUUCUGCGAUGGACCCUCUUCCAAUAAAAGCAGUUUCUAAAAAGACGCUUACCACUUCGCAUGAGUCACCAGCAGUGACUUUUCAUAGCAUUGGCUUAGUGAAGGAGGCGUUUUCUGACCAGCAGUGUCAUAUAAUGACUUCUGGAAAAGAAGAGUUAGGGAAGCCGCUUUGCGUCACAAGCAACCCCAAAGUUGUUAGUGUAUCACACGAUAUCGAUAACCUGGCUCAGACGCCGCGGCCUGAUUUUCUUAAUAUGUCUUCGCUAUUGAAUGGCCAAUUUACCCCAUUCUGUUCCGAAUUCGUAAGCCAAGUGCCUUUGAGCAGUCCCCCUGACUACUGUCCUAAGUUUUCAAUGGACGAUUCUAAUACACAUAUCCCGCGGUAUAAAUCAGCAACGCACGUCAAAGUCAAGAGGUUUUGGAUUGCAGGGUACAAUCCUGAUAAGUCAGAUGACCUUCAAUUUUCUCAAAUGACGAUUCACCCGAAUAUGGAUUCCCUAGAGGUUGUGCUAGCGGCAGCCACAAAAGCUUUAAGGUGGAAGACCAUGGCAAAGCGCUUUUUUUCUGACUCUGGAGCCGAAAUUAUGUGGGCUGAUGCCAUCCUUGACAAUUCUCGUUUAAUUGCGACAACUGGCUCAAACUUUUAUCCGUCUUUGCUAAAGGAAUCCGAUUCCCAGAUCGUUGCGAUGCAAACUUCGAAUGUAAGGAAUAAAACACAUUCACUUGUGAUGGAGUCGGAAAAAGUACAUCAACAGCACCAGGCUUUGCCCUUAAAGGCUAGAGAAGAGCGGUCUGGUGCCCCUUUGGUCAAACAAUCUACUACGCCGCGCAAUAAGACACCCGGCUCAACCAACUGCAGCCCAUCUGUAUCCUCAGCAUCUACCAAGCCCAGUCGUACAGGUCUUCAAAAACCCAUUCUUGUUCAUGUCUACGAGAAUGGUAACUACGAAUCAAAUGAGUACGAGAGGGCAUACCGCACAAUAGCGAUUCGUUCAACUUAUCGAACCCUUCAUUCCGUUAGGACACUUAUAACCCGUGAGUUGGAAUGGAAGCAUGGAAUGAAAGUUGAAAUCCUUUUUGACGCGUCGGGCGCAGAAAUAUUAUCGUUGGAUCAACUUUGUGAUGGAGCUUUCAUUAUCGCCUCUGCCGGAGACCGCUUUAUUAUACCUUAUCCAACCUCCUCGCUUCAUAAAGAGUCUAUGAAGUUUUCCAGAAAGACAUUUUCUAAGUGA